AUGGCGCCGCUGCCGGAGAACCCCAAGGCGUCGUCCAGCCAGCCCAACUCGCGUCGACCAUCCGGCGUCUCAGCCAUGGGUCGACCUGACCCUCUGUCGUCCAUCAUUCAUGCCUCCGUACGUUCCGAUUCCACCUGAAACCGCUGCCGCUCCCCCGAGUCAGACCGUCUCGAAGCCCCUUUUCUGGUUUGCCUUCGCCGAAUUACCCCCCGCGUCUCAGGCGACGUCUAUCGCAUAGUCUGACCGAUAUUUUUUGAGCUCUAGGCUUCCCGAAUCGGCCCCGGUGCUCAUCCGACGGGACAUCCCGACAACCUGCAUGUGCUCAGUCCCGAGGAAACGGCCAAACGUCUUGCAGCCUACGCCGCCGUCGACGAACACGUCAAGCCGCAGCACAAAGUGCUUGGAAUUGGGUAAGGCAAUAUGACAUCUACCUAGUGCUCAUUGUCUCGCCGAAGCUCGAGGGUUUCGGACGUCCUGGGAAUGCGACGGUCGGCCUGGCUCGGUCAACCGAAUCUGCGAAAGAGGCUCCUCGAGGAUCUUUUCGAAGGAAGAGUCGAGACGUCAAUACUUCCGAGGCAGACGAUGAGGUUUUUUCAAGUCGUCGUGUGCUUUUCUCUAUUUUACACUGCCAUCUUUGGUCGACCCUGCGAGCAUCGUCUCCGGCUCCGGCGUACCACUUGCCGCUCCUCGGUCCCGAAUCUCAGAGAUUGCGAGGACAGACCAUCCGAAUCCCAUUCGCCUCUCCAAUAAUUAUCUAACAAACCCAGAGAACUGACCUUGAUAAAACAAACUAAAAAUUCCAGAUCGGGCUCCACCGUUCCCUACGUCGUCGAGCGGCUUUGUCAAGAACCCCACUGCGCCGACAACUUGGAUCGAUGGUCGGUGGAAACCUAGCUUCGGCAGCACUUGUUAUCAUGUUGCUGAGCUAUGCGGAUCUUUUCUUCCAGGUUCGUGCCGACCGGAUUCCAAUCCAAAGAACUUAUCGUCAAGGCUGGCUUAAACCUCGGGGACGUCGAUCAAUUCCCGGAGAUUGAUGUCACGAUCGAUGGUGCCGAUGAGGUCGAUGUGAGUGAUCAUAACAUCAUCAGCUAGCUAUCUAUUUCUUGCUGAACAUCCUGCUUCUUUGCUUUGACCACAGGACGAACUGAAUGCGAUCAAGUGAGUUUCAUAUUUGCACCCAGCAGCAGGCGGGACCGAACAGCUCAACUGAUAUCAUCUCAUUUCGUCUGACUAGGGGAGGUGGAGCAUGUCACCUGAGAGAGAAGGUCUUGGCUGAAGCGGCUACGCACUUCAUCAUCGUUGCCGAUUCGCGCAAGGAUUCGAAGGUCCUCGGUACAAACUGGAAACAAGGCGUUCCGAUUGAGGUCGCGCCUUUCGCUUGGGCUAAGGUUUUCCAGAGUGCGUUUUUUGGGGUGUGCUUAACGACAGGGCUGGGUUGCUAACUUGUGUUGAGUUGCAUUUCGGACGAAUCAGAUCUUCAGAAGAUGGGAUGCGAGAAGCCGACACUACGAAUGGGCAAGAUGAAGGCCGGACCGGUCGUCACUGACAAUGGGUGAGUGACCGUGCAAGAGAUUUUCUGGGUCUGAUUGGUGCUGAUCUGGCGUCGUCUCUUCUUCCAAUUUUCCGCCCCUUUAGAAACUUCGUCAUUGACGCCGUCUUUUCCGAAGCCUACAUGCGCGACCCGACAGAGUUGUUGCACCGUAUCAAGAUGUGAGCUCAAACUUUCUCAACGAGCAUCAAAGUGAUAUCUGGUCCAAACAAGAGCUUGUAUCCUCUUUCGCUCACAGGUUGACGGGUGUCUUGGAAGUGGGCAUCUUCGCUAAUAUGGCGCUGGCCGCUUACUUUGGGAACCCGGAUGGAACGGUCACCAUUAGGUGGCAAGAUGGUAUGUCGGCGCCGUCAUGCAUCCCAUAUAAAGAGUAUCCUGAGAUUGAUGCUAUCUCUCUGCUUUCUUCAGGUCGUCGACACGUCAAGGAAGCGCCCCAAAACCUUGUUACUAAGUAG